AGAAGAAGAAGAAGAAGAAACAAGAGAAAACGGUUUCUAGCCGUAAAACCACUGCUAGGUUAAUUUCUGUUUAGUUUUACUUUUCGUUUACGGACAUGACUAAACCGUACGUUCAGAUUCAGAGGAGUUUACUGUUCGUUAGCUUCAGCCAGUCUGAUUAAGAACUACGUUAAGGAGACAACUUCCGGCAGAAAUGAGUUCCCUGCUGCGGAAAAGGUCGUACAAGAAGUUGCCCGUGUGGAUAGUGGAGGACCACCACCAUGUGGUGUAUCACAUCUACCGAGCUAUUGCAUCAAGACAUCUCCCCCUCAAGGACAUCAGGAUAGUUCAUUUGGACUCCCAUCCUGACCUGCUUAUUCCUGUCAACAUGCCGGCUGACACAGUGUUUGAUAAGGAGAAACUCCUCAGUGAGCUGAGUAUAGAAAACUGGAUAAUGCCUAUGGUGUAUGCGGGUCAUUUAUGCUGUGUGGUGUGGCUACAUCCUUACUGGGCUCAGCAGAUCAGAGAAGGAGAACACACAAUUAUGGUUGGCAGAGACUCAUCUACCAGCACCAUCAGGGUGACCAGUACAGACAACUACUUCCUUAGUGACGGUCUGUAUGUUUGUGACGAGCAGCUGGAGAACUCGAAACUUCUCAGACUAAACGUGGUCAGAGUCGAUCCUGUUAAACCAUCCAGUGGGUCAGUUCCAGGUCAUGACACAGAGAGGGACUCUAUGUCAUGUUUAGCUAAAAAGGCUCGGACAGAUCUGAGGGAGGAUGGGGAACCUUCCUCAGUAGCAACUGCUACACUGCUGUCAGUAGUGGGCAGCAACUGGCAGGGAGAGCUGAGCAGCAAUGACAUGGACCUUGGAGAUGGAGAACAUGGAGAUGAAGGAUCAACUAGUUAUGUUGUUGGAAGAUUAACUACAUUUCUCAAUGAAACACAUCCAUAUAUCCUGGAUAUUGAUUUGGAUUUCUUCUCUUGUAAAAACCCCUUCAAAGAAAUGUACACUCAGGAAGAGUUUUCCAUCCUUAAGGAGCUCUACAACUUCAGAGAACCCAGCGUGGGUGCUGAUGAGGCAGAUCUGCAGGAGUGUGUAGAUCGCCGUAUACACCAAUUAGAAGACCUGGAGGCAGCAUUUGCUGAUCUGCUGGAGGAUGACGGAGAACAGACUGUUGCACGAUGGGCAGCUAACCCAGGCAUGUCUUCAUUAGGCCAACUAGUUUCCAGUUUGAAGGCAAGACAUUCUUCACCUGACUAUGAAAUGGUUCACCAGGCAGGCCUCACCUGUGACUCAAUAGAGCUGCCACAUCACAUCAGCACUGUGGAGGAGAUUGAUAGACUGAUUUCUGCUGUGCAGCUUGUCCUGAAGGCUCUUCCCACUCCCACUCUGGUGACUAUGUCCAGGUCCAGUCUGGAUGAAUACUGCCCAGCUGAGCAGGUGGAUUUAGUUCAGAGCAGAGUUCUGGCUGUAUUAGAGGAUCUUUAUGGUGACCUGGAUGUGCAUAAAGACUACAACAGCAGCAAUAACGAUGGGCAGGACUGCCGGCCAAGGACUUCUUGAACUAGCACACAAAUAAUUAAUCUUUUAUGAAGGAAGUGUUUUAACAGUUCUAACACAAAAGGUCAAAAACUUGGUUCUCCUUUCACCCUUUUUGUACAGUUUUGGUCAUUUUGUCCAAGUUUUGGGCACAAACAUUUACUGUAUUUUGAGGGACAUUUUGCACCCUCUUUGACAACUGCUGAUUUAAAGUAAUUUUAUCUGAUGAGCUCAUAAUCUACUGUAAAGUAAUGUGGUUUUAUGAGUUCAAAAAAACAUUGUAUUGGUUUGAUCAAGGGUCAUAAUCUGUCAUUUUUCAACAGUUAGCAGCCCCAAAGCAAGAUUAAUACAACAAUCUGUGGAAAUACGCUCCAA